AUGGUUGAAACUAAACCAAAUAUUCUUUAUCCGCCGCAAUUAUCCCCUCAAAUUAAGGUAACCCUUUGGAAUGCAACAAAAAUUCUUUUCUUGCAAAAAAUCCUUCAAAAUUCCCCAAUAUUCUUGAAUUUUUUCAGGCUUUACCAAUGCAAGCCUUAUAUCAAAUGUCAGCUGGAGCUGGAGCUGCACAAAAUCAAUCACUUGGAAUGGGAUUAUUGCAAGGCCAGAAUGCAUUGUUAUAUCAGCAACUUGCAGCUCAACAACAUCUCGCAGCACAACAACAACAUUUAGCAGUUUCCGCGGCAGGUUAGUAUUUUUAAGGGUAAACGGAGAGGAGAAUGAAUGAGAAAAUGAUUAGAUUUCUUAUCAGUUUUUUGGAUUGGAGGCGUGUGUGAUGUCAUUUGAAAAUGAAAGUAAGAGACGAAAAUGGCGAAAAAAAGAUAAUCUGAUCGGAAAUUUGAGUUUUGUAAUUUCCGGGAAGUUGCAUUUAGCUAUUUUUUCUUGAUGAUGAUGGGAAAUGAUGAGAUAUAUAGACAUUUCUGAAUUUCCGGUGAUGAUUUAAUUUUUUGAUCAGCAAAAAAUGAUCAAUGAUUUUACGAGCAGACGUGCUGGAAUUUUAAAAGUUAUUUCUAAAAGGAUUUGAGGCUGAGACAAAGAACAUAGUCCAAAAAAGGUCCUAUAAUUUGGAUAAAUUUAUUGGAAGUGGAUUCUAGGCUGGAUGUUCGAAUUAGAUUUGCACCCAAAGAAUUCUGAACUUUCCACUUUCCUGUUUGAGCCCUGAAGUUACAAUUGGAGGCUCUAAAUGAUAAGGAUCGGUCCCUGAUCUCCAAUUUAUCCCAGACUUUUUCCCAAAAAAAUGUGGCUCAAGGUGUGGCCAUUUAGUACAAAACAAUCUACAGAAAAUGCACUUUUUAUUAGAAUAUUUUUCCAUUUUCCCAUGAAUCAACCCCUAAUAUCAUGUUCUGUGAGAACCCCAAACCAUGUUUUUCUAUUGCUAUUCUAUAGAAAACUUAGGCAAACACCCAAAAAAAAUAAUAACAAGCAUAAUAAUGUUGGUUGUUACAUUCAUUUCCGUCGGCCACCAAAUGUGAUUUUUUAUGGGAGAAAAAUGCCACGCCAAAUCGAUUGUUUCCUACUCAUCCUGAUGUUGUUUCUAUAUUCAUGCAUGUUUAAAGCAAAUCAAUUCAAAUCCUCAUUUAUUGAUUGAUUUAAAUGAGGGUCGAAAAAGUGUGCCAUCUCUGAUUUUUUGCGGUUGUCUUCUCUCGUUCUCUUCAUCAACAUGGUCAUUUUUGUACUCUCCCUUUCUUUUUGCGCACCUACUCGAAAAACAGUGUGGCUGUGUGUUGAUUUGGUUUUUUUUUCUAACGUACCGCACCGUUCCUCAAACACACUGUUGUUGAGUGACCUAUGCACUUUAUGUGCCCCCCUCUUCUACAAAAGUAAGCCCCUCUCUUUGUUCAGGCUGGUGGGCGGACGCGCCCGGAAAUGUUUCGAAAUUGUUUUUUAGCGCGUGUGUGUGUGUGUGGAAGAACGAUGAAAAAGAGAAGGGAUAAAUCAUUGAAACUUGAUGAUUGAUGGGAUUUUUGGAGAAAGGAACACCUUUGAGGUCCCACAUUUUCUUUUUGAAGGGAUAUAAAUAUUUUUGAUCAAUAUUUUUUGAUUGAAAAAUGGUUGCCCUUUUCAAUAAUAAUAAUUCAACAAAGUAUUAAAAAUCAAAAAGAAAAGCACACAUAAAUUUUCCCAUCUUUCUGCAACAAAAAAGAUAAGAAAUUUUAAAAACUUUCAAUUUUCUUUUCCCUCAUUGGCCUGGUAACUGGGAAGAAAUUCAUGAAGAAACAAGGUCUUUUUGACUUAUCGAAACACAGAAUCUUGUUAGAUAGAUUUCACGCAUAGAUAUCAUUUCUUCCUCCAAUCUUCUACUUUAAUUUUUUUUGAUUUUUGGAAAUUCAUAAUAUUUUUUUUCAGCCGCUCAACACAAUCAAAAUAGCAUUAUGUUGGCGACAAGUGCACCAUCAUUAAAUCACAUUGACAAUGAUAAAAUCAAGGUUAGUUAAUUUUUGUAUCAUUUUUUUCUAACUACUUUAUUUUUGCACAAUUUUUUUCAAAAUAACGAAGCCAAACUGCAAAAUUCAAUUACAAAAAAAAAUGUUUAUUAUUAUUAUAGUUAUGCUCUCUCACCCCCGUUCACUUUCUCGUUUCACAAAAUUUUAUUUUUUUGGUGUGUGUUGGAAUGUAGCAGCAACCUUCCUACCUUUGAGCUUUCCCAAAACAAUUCCAGAAAGAAUAUUUUUUAGUUAAAUAACUAUGAUUAUUGUAAAAUUUCAAAUUGAAUCUCAAAAUCCAAAACAAUAAAAAAGUUAACACACGUGUUUGUAGAGCAUGUCGGGUUUUUUUUUGGGACUGGAAGUUUUUUAGACGUGAUUUUUUUGAAUAACUUGUUAGUUAGAGGAACUUAGCACGAAGAUUUUUUUUGGAAAAUAUAUUGAUUAUGAAAAUAAUACAGUUUUGGAAAAGACAAACAAUGUUUUUAAGGCGCAUGAUCUGUGAAUGAGCGCUUUUUGUUUUGCAGGACGAAACAAAUUCGGCCGAAUAUGAUUUGCAACUAUCAAUUCAACAACAAUUGGCAGCCGCCGCUGCUGCGCACAAUCAAAUUGGUCCACAAAUCGGACCACUUCCACCAACUUCAUCAGCAAAUGGUGUUGUUCAAGCAGUCGGAAUUGUUAACGCCGGAGUCACUCAACCCGAUCCCAGCACUAGCUGUAAGCCUUGCCCUCUCUCUCUAUAUAUAUUUUUUUUCUCUUCAAUUUUUGAAAACCUAAAAAAAAAUGAGAAAACGAGAAAAAACAUCUCUGCAGUUAAUUGAAUUGUGAAGCAUGUUCGUUCAGAUCAUGAAAAUGAAUUGGAAAUUGCAUUGACAUUUUUUCGAAAUUAACCUUUUUCAUUUUCAGUUGUUGAUUUUAGAUGUCUUCUCACCCUAUUGUUUUUUUUUCAUGUGAUCAACUCUUAAUCAAAAACCAAAAGUGUUUGUUGCACACAAUUUACCCCCAAUUUCAGCCAAACAUUUGUUUUUUUCAAAGUUCAAAGCAAAAUUUUUGCAGCUGGACCAGAAGGACCAAAACGAUUGCACGUUUCGAAUAUUCCAUUCAGAUUCAGAGAUCCUGACUUGAAAACCAUGUUUGAAAAAUAUGGACCAGUUUCGGAUGUUGAAAUUAUUUUCAAUGAACGUGGAUCAAAGGUGAGAUAUAAUAUAGAAAAUUGAAAAAAAAUAUUAUUGAUUUUUCUAGGGCUUCGGAUUUGUCACAAUGGAAAGACCAGUGGAUGCUGAAAAAGCGCGUCAAGAAUUGCACGGCUCAAUGAUUGAGGGAAGAAAAGUUGAAGUGAAUUGUGCCACAGCUCGAGUUCACUCAAAGAAAGUCAAACCACCAACUGGAAUUCUCGACACAAUGAAUCCACUUGUUGCUCAAACUGCUCUCGCCGCUCAAGCUCAUAUGAAUCGCGCACUUUUGCUUCGCAGUCCACUUGUUGCACAAUCACUUCUUGCUCGUGGAACUGGACUGAUACCUGGAUUACAACAACCAAAUGCUGCAGCUGCAGCGGCUCUUCAAUUACAAGCUGCAUUUGCUGCAAACCCAUUGGCACAAUUGCAAGGACAACCGUUGAUGUUGAAUGCUGCCGCUUUGCAAACUGGCGCUCUACAACAAGCUGGAGCAUUUGGUUUGGAUCAAGCUAAUCUUCAAGCCGCCAUUUUGGCUAAUGAACAAGCAAGAUUGCAGUUUGCUGCAGCUGCCGCUGCACAAGGUUAGUUCAAGUUUUUUUUGGGAAGAACAUACACAUGAGCUCUACCAGAAUCUUCUUGAGAAAAUAUGAAAAUCAUUUCAAUUUUCUAGGUGCUGCUCAAUCUGGAGCAUCUCUUGGAGAGCAAUAUCUUGGAAAUGCUCUUUCAGCUGCAACUCUUCCAACUUAUCCAAUCAACCCAGCAUAUCGCACUAUCAACCGGUUCACACCAUAUUAG